AAAACGUGUGAAAACAUUGAUUUGUUCUUCACACAGCGGGACCUAUAACAUCAGUUUUUUUUGUGUUUUCUCCUCCAGUCCCUCCAGACCUGAGCGGACGGCCAGCAGUCUGGCUGCAGCCUCUCCAGACCGGCCGGCCUGAGCGCCGGCCACCUGCCUUCGUCUCUCAUCGCAGGAGUGAGGUCAGCCACCAACCCUCCACCAGUGAUCCGCAUCCCACCCAGCCUUUUCCAAAUUAAGGAGCGGAUUUACUCGCAGUUACAAAUAGUUUUGUGAGGACAAACGAUUGGAUGUUUUCAUGUGGCUGAUUACUGGGAGUUAUUUACUCAUCGCCGUCGGUGAACAUCCGUUACUGUCCAGUCGCCAUGUCUUUUCCAGAAGAACAUGGAGGCCAUCAGGAGGAUGAUGAAGAGGAGCAGGGAGAGGAAGAAGAACGCCCCAGAUACAAGCCUGUGGUCACACAACUCGCACCGCCAAAAAUCCCGGAAGGAGAGAGGGUUGACUUUGACGAUAUCCACAGGAAGAGGAUGGAGAAGGAUCUGCUGGAGCUGCAAACUCUGAUUGAUGUUCACUUUGAGCAGAGGAAGAAAGAGGAAGAGGAGCUGAUUGGACUCAAAGACAGAAUUGAGAGGAGGAGAGCAGAGAGAGCUGAGCAGCAGCGUGUGAGGGCUGAAAAAGAGCGAGACAGACAGACACGGAUUGCAGAAGAACGACAGAGGAAAGAGGACGAGGAAGCGAAGAAGAGAGCGGACGAUGAGGCCAAGAAGAAGAAAGUGCUCUCCAACAUGGGCGCUCAUUUUGGAGGAUUCCUUGCAAAGGAAGAACAAAGAAGAGGAAAGAGACAAACAGCAAGAGAGAUCAAGAAAAAGACUCUGGCAGAGAGACGGAAGCCACUGAGUAUUGAGAGCCUGAAGGAAGACGGCCUCAGAGAGAGAGCCGAGGAGAUGUGGGAAUGGAUCCAUCAGCUGGAAUCAGAGAAGUUUGACCUCACUGAGAAGAUGAAGAAACAGAAAUAUGAAAUCAACGUCCUUCUGAACAGAAUCCAACAUGCUCAGAAAUUUAAGAAAGGCCAUGGGAAGGGGAAGGUUGGAGGCCGAUGGAAGUGACAUUUCCCACAUUUACACAAUGAAAACUAAGGAGGAGAUUUUCCCCAGCUUGAGCUGUAGUACUUUUCUUGUGUUCAGCUUUUCAAGUUUAAUUGCCCAUUCAGUUAAUAAAAGUCAUGCUUCA